GGAUUAACUGUAAUGAAAAUUAAACACUACACUUAAGCACUUUUAAGCUACUUGAGACUGAUUGAAAGUGUUUUUGUUACAGUGUUAGUUGUGAAUGUCUCUGUGUUAUGUCUGUAUAUAGUUUUGUGUGUAUAGUUUCUUAUGCAUAAUUCUGUUUUUUAAGAUAAUCUCAACGACAUGAGCCUUUAAAAAAGCGUUAGUCAAAUAAAAUUAUAGUUUCGUAAUCCAUUUAAUAUAUUCUAUGUCAAAGCUAUCGUAACAAUUCCUAUAGCCGUGAACGCACCAUAAAACCUGCGUUUCUUCCGCGUUGGUACUUGUAGUUUUUUAAAAGUCGCCCGGUCGUAUUUCCCCGACUACACCAAGAGCAUAAAGACACUACACUUCCCAUGAUGCAAAGGCGCGAGUCUGUCUGACGCCGAAGCCUGAGCACAGCUUCUCUCCAUCCGUUCCUCCAUCCUCUCUAUAAUUAUCCAUCUGUAAGGCCGUGGGAAGCCAGUGAGGUUGAAGGUCUGUGAGUCAGUGAGCCAUGUCAACCCUACGCUUUGGACAGCAUCUCAUCAAGGCCUCCAAUGUGUUUCUGCAGACGGAGCUGUCCUUUGCUAUGGUCAACAGGAAGCCUGUAGUGCCUGGACAUAUGUUGGUAUGCCCUCUAAGACCAGUGGAGCGUUUUCGGGAUCUUCAGCCAAAUGAGGUGGCAGAUUUAUUCUGCAGCACUCAGAGAGUUGCCAACCUGGUGGAGAAGCACUUCAACGCCACCUCGCUCACCAUCGCUAUCCAGGAUGGCCCUGAAGCUGGACAAACUGUGAAGCAUGUCCAUGUCCAUGUGCUGCCCAGGAAGGCAGGGGACUUUGAGCGGAAUGACAGUGUGUAUGAUGAGUUGCAAAAGCAUGAUCAAGAAGAUGAAGACAUUCCUUCCAAAUGGAGAUCAGAGGAGGAGAUGGCAGCAGAAGCUUCAAUUAUGAGGAAACAGCUUGAGAAUCCCUAAAUGGUAUCUCUGACCCCGGAGCAGCAGGACCCAGGCUCUUAAAAGAACAUUUUUCCUCUGCACUGUCGCCAAGUGCUUGCUCAUUGUGGCUUCUGUAGAGUUUUCUCUGUCAGGUGUCUUGACAUUAUGAUGUAAAGUGCUCUGAGAUGAUUGGUGCUAGACAAAUAAAACUAAAUGGAAUUUAACUGA